ACCUUUGCCAUUAGUUGAAAUAAUUUUAUUCAGAACUUCAUUUAUUUUUUCUUCUACUACACAAAAAAUCGUAAUUUCAAAAUUUCUAUAAAAAACAUCAUGAUAACUUCCAUAAAUUUUCUUUUUCUUUUGUCAUUGGGCUUUAUUUCGUGGGCUAUAUUGUGUUAUAUACAACAAAUCGAACAAACUUUACAAUUUAAUACAAAUAUACCUCAAGAACUAACUAAAGAAAUUCCCAUUAUGCCCGCACAACCUCCACCGCAAGUCUUAAAAUCUACUACCCCAAGUCAAGAUAAAUACGAUCUUUAUGUUAAUUUCCUGGGUAUUUUUGUGUGUAUUUAUGCUUUGGCCAAAAUAACCCAUAUAGCAGAAAUGUAUAUGGCUAAACGUAUACGUCACAAAAUCUACAUACCCAAAAUGCAAGAAUCUGAUGUAGAAGAUACGGAAACUAUCAGUGAUUUGCAGGAGCAACAGGAGAGUCUUAAAUGGAAAAUCAAUAAGUUGGAAAAGCAAAAUAAUGAAAUAAAGUUUAAAUUGAAAAAUGUGGUAGAGAGUCAAACAACCGCUGCAGAUGAUGUGGAAGAACAAAUACAUAAUAUAUUUAUUACUAAUAAACAUAUACAUUUAAAUCGUCAGAUCUAUGUCAACCAGGGAGCUACUCUUAACAUGAGUAUGGGUAAAGCAAAAAAGGAACCUGUCACUAUCUGGGAUAAAUAUAUGGAACUCAAAAAGUCUAUGGUUCACAAAACCAAAGAACUAACAGAAAGUCAUAUGCCCGUCGUAAUGUCUAGUGAAGAAUUGGAAAAUAUAAAAGCAAUUUUUUAAAUAUUGGAAAUUUUACGGAUGUUUAUCACAAGGCCAUAAAAAUUAAUUUUUAACAAUAUAUUUUAUUCGCUACAUACAAAAAAUAAACAAUUUCAAAUUUAAGAAAAUAACGAAAAAACUGUAUUAAAUAUUUGUCUGG